UGAUAUUAUGUUCCCUAUUCGGUGUCUCAUGUUUCCAAUUGCAGGUGCAAGAGUUUAGAAUACUAGAUUGUUCGAGGCUGAUUGGAAAUUCCUUGCAACUGUUCGCAUGUUUCUAAUUCUCUACAUGGAAAUUUCUCUGAAUAUUAAAAAUAAUUUUAUAUAUAUUUAUGUAGACAUACUUAAGUAGUACACGCAGAUUGUAAGAGGUAGUAAAAUUAAAAAGUCACUUAUUUGAUUUUGGGAAUAGCGGAAAACAGCUGGCUGACUGCGCUCGUCAGGCUCGUCAUGUCAAAUAUGGAGGUUAUUAACGCUGUGAAACAUUAUCAGCGCAACAUAGAAAAAUGUAACGGUGACGUGCAAAGGAUGCUGCACUGCCUGCAGAAGUUAUAUCGUCUUCCAGUGACAGUACAACACUUACAAGAAACAGGUGUAGGAAGAACUGUAAAUGCGUUACGGAAAUAUGAAGGUGAUACUGGUGAAGCUGCAAAGGCAUUGGUUAACAAAUGGAAAGCAAUGGUCGCAGAAGCUGAAAGUAGUGAUGAAGAAGUUACAAAUGAGAAACAUAGGACUAGAACAGAAUCUCCUCCACCUAGAAGUAGUUCUCUUAAACAUAAAUCUAGCCGAUCAGAUUCCCACAGAGAAGAAACUCAUUCAGAGAAAAAUAAAUCUGUGCAUAGAAAUUCUUCCAGUAGUCAUAGUGAUAAUAAGAAAAAUGAAAAAUUAGGAAGCAAAUCUAAACACCAUGAUCAAGGACAUAAACGUCAUCAUGAGGAGGAAAGUAGGCAAAUUGAAGAGAAGCGCAGGAAAAGGAAUGUUGUAGAGGAGGAGGAGGAAGAAGAUGAAGAAGAAGAGGAAGAGGAGGAUGAAGAAGAAGAAGAACAAGUGGGGGAUUCAGGGCAUGAAUCACAAGAAGAAUUAGAGAAUAAUGAAAGUGAUAAUGUUUCUAUAGCUGAUAGUAAUGGAAGUGAAAGAAAAGAAGACGAGGAGGAAGAAGAAGAUGACGAAAAUGAAGAAAAUGAAAUAGUUUCAGAAACGGAAGUACUAGACAACAGUGACUCUUCUUCCGAUACAGAACAUGUGCCUACAGUUCAAGUGAAACAUGAACAUAGUGGAAAACACAGUGACACAAAGCAGAGGAAUUCUCAUAGUGCAAACAUGUCUCACAGCAAUCACAACAGCCAAAGUUCAAGAAAUCAUUCAGGUGGACAUCACAAAUCUGAGAAAUCAAGGGAGAAAUCUAGUUACGAUGAUAAUAGGCAUAGUAAAAGGACUGAAGGAAAAAAUGACAGUAGUUCUAAAACAGGAAGUAAAAGUGAUGGUGUUUAUAAUAAUAAAGAAGAUAAAUCAAGGACUAAGGAAAAAGAAAGAAUUAGAGAGAAAGAAAAGAGCAGAGAAAGGGAUAAGGAAAAAGAGAGAAAGGAGAAAGAGAGAAAGGAAAAAGAAAGGGAAAAGGAAAAAGAAAGGGAAAAAGAAAGAGAAAGGGAAAAAGAAAGAGAGAGAGAAAAAGAAAGAGAGAGGGAAAAAGAAAGAGAGAGGGAAAAAGAAAGAGAAAAGGAAAAAGAAAGGGAGAGAAUUAAAUCUGAAACAAGAAAUAGAGAAGAUAUGAAAAAAAAGGUGAAGGAUGAUAAAAAAGAUGAAAAAAGCAAAAACAUUCCAAAGGAAGACCCAAAACCUGGUACAAGCUCAAGCAAAGGCAACUCUUCCAAAACUGAAAACAAAAGUAAAAAUGCGAGCACAAAAAAAGUCAAAGUAUCUUCAGAAGGAACAGAAGAUGGUAUAGAUUCAUUCUCUGGAACAAGUUUUGCUGAUGCUUUGGGCAUGAUGGGUAAGAUGGAUAAUGUUACCAAGAAGAAAAAGAAAGUGUCUAGUAGUACAUCAAAGAAACCGGAAGGGCCUUCUGGGAGUCAGGCCAGCACCUCUGCAAGUAGUAGUCAUAAACCUAAAGAUGUUACACCUCGUAAUUCAUCUCAUUUAAAAAUUCCUACAUCUCCAGAAGAUCUAAAUCUGCUGGAUCCAUCGGCAAAGUUAGUACCUUUGGACGAGUUGGACAUGGAAGUAGACGUAGAUGCUACUCUGCCUACUAUCAACCCUAAUUAUCGCCCUCUGCCUCAUUUAAACUUGGACAUGCCUUCUCGUGCUCGAGUGAAGUCUCUCACUGAGGAGGAAGCCUUAUCUCAAGUGAUGUCCACUAAGAACCAGAGAACAAAGGUGUACUCUGGAGUGAAAAGUUCCAAAAGCUGGGCCACUGUUCCUUCACUUUUUGAUAUCUGUGUGAGAGUUCUUCAAGAGAACAUUGAUGCAUUGGAGUAUACUGGUGGUGUCCCUUAUGAUCUUUUGAAACCAGUUUUAUUACAUGCUACUCCUGAGCAACUCUUUGUUUUGGAACAUUACAAUCCUUAUUUAAUAGAAGAUACCGAUGAACUGUGGCAGAGUCAUGUGCGUCGGAAGUUCCGCAAUGAACGAAGACUUGACAUGGAAUCUCACCGUGAAAUGUUCCAGAGAUGUACUGAAGAAAGUGAAGCCAAACUUAAAGCCCUCACCAUCAACAUUCAGAAAGCAAUGGAAAAGUCAUUGCCAGUUCGUCAAACAAAAUUGGCUUAUGUUGAUAGCAUUGCAAAACCACCCAGACAAGUGGCUCGCAAACAGGCAAAGUUUGGCACCGCCAAUGCUACUGCUACAACUCCAAUGGCAAAAGUACAGAAAUUAGCAGGUCCUAGUACAUCUUCAGCCAAUAGAAGCAACUCCCCUGUUGUCCAUGCACCUGCUCCACGUACCAGCCAUUCAGCAAAAGCAAAGCCUCGCAUGGCUCCUCUGAUGCAGAAAACAAUGAAACUGGCUAAAAGCUUCAAACGAUGAUAGUGUGGUAAAAACUUAGGAUAUGUGAAGAACAACGUUCUUUAAAUGGAGAAAUGAUACACUAAAUGUGAACUCCUCAGUUAUUCUAUUCAUAAAGACAGUGAAGUUAAAAACAGCCCACAGAAUCUGUUGUGAUGACGUGUUGGAUGGGGUAUGUUAGCUCAUUGUUUUCCAUUUCAUUAGACCGUAAAGUGGUGAAAUUUUACUUCCACAACUUCAUAAAUUGAUUGCUAGUCAGGAUGUACUGUAUUUCAUUACUACUGGACUAGUGUGAUGGUUUUAUUGUAAUAAAUAUGCUGAAAGGAAAUGUGAAGUGUGAAGCAAGAGUUCCUCAGUUUUUAUGCAGGAUGUCUGUCCAAGAUGUAAUGAUGAAUGCAGUAAUAUGUUGAUGGAUUGUUUGUGAGCGAGUAUGGUAUCAAAACUGUCACUCUGUACCAAAUUUAAUAUCAGUUAUUCUUCUUGUAAUUGUUUUUUCAUAAUGAAGCAGAAAUAUUGAAAUUUUAAUCUUGCUACAGAAUAACAAUUGAAUAUUUAACAAUCAUUGACGCUUAUAUUAUUUAGAAUAUGGUUUGGUGCAUGGUUCUUGAUAAAAUAAUUACCUAAUACAAUUUUUUAUGACUUUCUUUAAAGUUUACUGAAAAAGUAAUUUCGUUUCAAUUUGCUUCAGUGCUAUCAUUGAUUACCAACGUGUGAUUUUUGGAAUAUUAUUGUGCAUGAAUCAAUAUGCCACGGAAAGUUGUGAUAGAAAAAGAUUCCAAAAUUUAUUCCCGAAAUAUGUAAUAAGUUGUAUUGGAUAAUUGUAAUGUAAUAUUGCAAUUGGAAAGUUUUUGUAUUUCUGUAAUUCUAAUGUGUUAAACUGAUUGUCUCUAAAAUAUUCUGUGCAUUACAAAAUAUUUAUAUUUAUCUAAAAUGUUCAUAGAUUUUAAAAAUUGGAUAUUGUCUUGUGUGAGAAGUAUGGGAGAUGAUUUUAGCUAGUUAUCUUAGAAAAUUGUAUUUUGCUGGUAGUUCAUUUUGACUGUAAAUUUCUUAUUUUUUGUUUAUUUGCUAUUGCAGUUACAAUCCUUACAUAAUAUUUUUUUAAAUAAGACUUUAUUUCAUUGGUUUAUCAACAAUCAUUACCAGAACUUUUCUGUGUAUCAGUUCAUUUUAUCAGUUGCUAAAAUUUUAAAAUAUUUCUACAUAUUUGCUGUAUGUAAGUAUUAAUAAGUGGGAGUAAUUAAUUGUUAAGAGGCACAGUUUUGAAUUUAAUUUAUAUUAUUUAUAUUUCUCAUUUACUAUUAAGAGUCAAAGAACUAGUUUCUUUAGUGAGUACUAUACUCAUAAGGGAAAACAUUUUUAUUGUAUAUAUUUCGAUUUCAUCACCCUUUGAAUUAAGAAAUUUACAUUGCAAGAUGUCCUAAAAUGCAAAGUAAUGUUUUUUUAUGGUCUUCUGUUGAUUACAAUGGAAAGAAGUUUGUCAGUUUUAACAUUUGUAUUUUGCUUACUGCCACAGAAAGAAUGAAUUUUUUUGAGUAUUUGUAAAUCAGGUAUUACAGAAGAAAAUUUCAAUAGCAACAAAUGAUUAUGAUUAUUCCGAGUGACCAAUGAUAUUGUCAACCAUCGGUCUGCCAUCGCUUUAGUUUGAUAGCAAUGUGAAUUGAUUUCCUAUGAUUGUGAAAGUGUACUGUACACUUGAUAAGUGAUUCUUAUUAAGUGAUACAACAUAUCUACUCAUGCUAUGUUAAAUCUAUAGCUUUGUACAUGUUUUUGUUAAAUUUUGAUUUGUGAUGAAUAUUAUGAGUUUGUUCAUAAUUUUGAGAUAUUGAUUGGUGGUUUUAAUAAAUCAUGAACUAUAGAAACCUGUGUUUUGAGGGAGAGUGAUGGAUGUGAAUGACUUUUUUUUUUUUGGUGAAUUUGUGGAUGUGGGUUUGUUUAAGGCAUGUGCCAAAACACAUUUGGUCUUGCACAUGAAAAAAUUUCUUUAAAGUAAUGCUAAUUGAAAUUCAUUUUCUUGCUACACUUUUGAACCCACAGAAGUAUGACAGCUUUUCCUGAUGAGGAUGGAAGCAGACAAUUACCGUAUUUGCCCAAGUAUAAGACAACCUCUGAAUUUUGAAGAGACCUUCUUCUUACUAUUCAGUUACAAUAAAAUCACAAAUUGUCUGGAUGAGAUUAAAUCUUUUUGUCUGAGCUCUCACUAUUUUCUUUUUCUUUCAUUUCAUCAUCAUUUUUUUUUUUUUACUAUAACUUUUAGAUUUCAUAUAUCAUUGUUUCUUUCUGGCCCUCCUCACAUGUGAAGCCCUCUUCUGAUUUCUGAGGGUCCUCUGAAUGUUUUGCGCCUUGAAUUUGUGUUCUUUCUCUUUUAUCGGAUGCCAGCUAAGAAUUUUUCCUCUGUGUCACCAGAUUUCAUUCCUGAUGGUCAUGUUCGGGGCCUUUGGCUCUUUAACAACAAUCAACUUGCAAUUCACAUUGUUUAAUGUUCAUUGUGACUUGUACAUCUCUGAAUCUCCAUACUGGGGGUAGAGUGGGAGAGUUGUGAAUUUUUAGCCUUGGAGUUUUAAAAUCAUUCCACCUCUGUGAUUCGAUGUACAAUUGCAUCAGUUGAAUUUUUAUAUAUUUCACCUUCUUGCAAAAUGCAGAUUCACACCAAAGAGACAACACCACGCAGCUUUAUCAAUCAUCAAAAUGUCUGCAAUGAUUUUUAUUUAUAUUCAUGUUGCAUUUUACUUUUGAGAAAGUCAUUUGUUUAAGAAUAUCUCCUAUAUCUUAUCAGCGUAAUCGCGGAGGCUGCCAAGAAUACGCCAGCGAGAUAGGAUGGAUGUGUGUAGUUGUUUAUCAUCUUCACAGCAUAUUGUUAAGAGUUUGCACGAGUUAUCUGUUCAUGUAAAAGCAUUGAUCUUUAACUUACUAGGCUUAAUCUGUGAAUAUUAGAUGACCCUGAAUUUUUCAAUUGAAAUACUUAGGCAAACACCUUAGUCUUGUAUUUAGGUAAAUACGGUAUGUUACUGUUUUGGAAACAUUUUUGUAAUGGAGUGGCGUACAAUUCAGUUUCAAGCAGAUUAGAGUAAAUGUAUCACCAACACAGCAUGGUAGAAUAGGGAUUUGUGCUAUUUUGUUCUAGAAAGAGAAGAGAAUAAAAUUCAUCAAUUUUGACUGUUGUGAAGGUUGUGAGGGUGAAUUCUGGGAGUGAGACCUUCCUAUUGUGAACUGGUAGAAGAGGCCCAUUACAAAAUUACACUGUAAACAAAAUACAGAAUUGUCUAAAUAAGACAAUCUUCUGUAAUUCUCAAUUUCAUGUUAAAAUUUACUCUCCUUAAAUGAAAUAUACACAUUAUUUUGAUUGAUAUUUGAAUACUCUUAUGGUGAAUGGGUCAAGUAGACAUAAGUAGACCAUUUGCUUGAAUAAGGAAAUGUGGUUAUCUAAUCAGUGUCAAAAUGUUGUGAUGUGUGCUUAGUAUUUAAGUCCCUCAAUAGAUGAAACAACAAAUGAUCCUCAUUUUGAAUAAUGAAAUAAGAUCGACAAUGCAAUUUUGCUCCCAAAAUGUGAAGAGAAUGAUGUAAUUUAAAGCAUGUUUUGUGGAACUAUUAUGUCAAAGUUCAUGCUAAUAUGUAGGUAGGUAACCCACAACAUAUUGGUGAUUUUCUAUCAAUUAAAAAUAUUUUCAAAAAUAGAUGUCAAGCACAUCUCAAAAAUAAUGUAUGUGAUGCACUAAGAAUAAACAACCCUGAAACCCCACAAUAGUUAUAGUGCAUCCUAAUCCUAAAUAAUAGGUGUCUAAUGUUGGAUUUCUUUGUGACAUUACGAGGGUGAUUCAUCCUGAUUCAAAAGAAAUGAGCAAUAUUAAUGUCUGCAAUACAUUCCAGAAAAUCCAGUGGCUCUUAAAACGCCCUUUUGUACAACGAAAACUACUUACAUUCAAGAGGAAAAUCAAUUUUUUUUUCUGCGUAUUGGUUAUUGCCGGGAUAAAUACUCACAUUUUGAAAGUUCAUCAAUCACAAAUUCUGUGCAACUAAAUUUUUCAGCUGGAAGGAAUUUUUUCCAAGAAUCCACAUUUUGUGGAUCUUUGAUACUUAAACUUGGUUUACAGGAAAAUGUCUGAGGACAAUGCUAAACUAUGUAUGGGAUUUUCUCUAAAAUUGAUAUUCCAUGAUCAAUCUGUUUGAGCUAGAGAUCCUACAAAUUUGAAACUGAUAUUUUGAUAUUUGUGGAUACUGUACAUGAACCAUCAAAAACAUUUUCAAAAUUUUCUUGAAAACAGCUUCAAAUUUUUUCUCUAUUUCUUCUCGUUU